AAUUUCUUUGUCAGAACUCCAUGUCCCAGGAAGUAAAUGUUUAUAGAGAAAUACAAAUACUUUCCCUAAAUUCCGAAUUCCAAGAAAAAAAAGAAACGCUACCACCUACCUCUGCUCUCUCUCUCCUGCAUCCAGCAACUCCACCGAUGAAAUCUGAUUUUGUUAUAAGCCCAUAACAAUAAAUUAAGAAAAAGUUAUUCAUUGUAUGAUUUAGACAAUUGCAGAAAAUGGGUAGCAAUAUUGAUCUGGAUUCAUUAUCAGAAGCAACUUCAGGAGCAAUUGGAGCUUUAGUUAGUACAACAGUUCUUUAUCCAUUAGAUACUUGUAAGACUAAAUAUCAAGCUGAAGUUAGAGUUCAAGGUCAUCAACGUUACAGGAAUCUCUCUGAUGUAUUAUGGGAAGCAAUUUCUACAAAUCAGGUUCUUUCGUUGUACCAGGGGCUUGGGAUCAAGAACCUGCAAUCUUUUAUCUCACAGUUUAUAUACUUCUAUGGAUAUAGUUACUUUAAGAGGUUGUAUCUAGAGUGGAGUGGAAAUAAAUCCAUUGGCACCAGAGCAAACUUGAUUGUUGCUGCUGCUGCAGGGGCUUGCACUGUCAUAGUGACUCAACCUCUCGAUACAGUAUCUUCGAAGCUGCAAACAAGCAAUUUUGGAAAAUCUAAAGGACUUUGGAAAACCAUUAGUGAAAGCAACUGGAAUGGAGCAUUUGAUGGUCUCGGCAUCUCUCUUCUUCUUACCUCUAACCCAUCCAUUCAGUACACAGUAUUUGAUCAGCUGAAGCGGAGGCUAUUGAAAGGUCAGCAGACCGGCAGCGUUACAAAUUCAACACCCGAAGCACUGUCUGCCUUUUCAGCUUUCCUUUUGGGUGCAGUCUCAAAGAGUAUCGCCACCUGUUUAACGUAUCCAGCCAUCAGGUGUAAAGUCACGAUCCAGGCUGCUGAUCCAGAUGAUGAUGGGACUGAAGAACCUCAUCAGCUAAAGGAACCAAAAACUAUAUCAGGUGCAAUUGUUGCUAUUUGGAAAAGAGAAGGAUUACUAGGCUUCUUCAAAGGGUUGCAAGCUCAAAUCCUAAAAACUGUGUUGAGCUCGGCCUUGCUUUUGAUGAUUAAGGAAAAAAUCACUAAAACAACAUGGGUCUUGAUGCUCGCAUUAAGUAAGUAUUUGUUGCUCAAACAGAGUAGAUUAAAAAAGAAGGUUUGAUCACACUUGGUGAUGGAAUACAUUAAGAGCUCUCCUAGCUAAAGUGGCUUGAUGUCGUAUUCAACCCAUAAAAAGAAAUUUAAAGUGCAGGAGUAAGAAUUAAAGUGCAGGAAUAAGAAUUGUUCAAAUUGAAAUGUUACCUUAGAUUAACCGCAUGGAGUUCUGGCAAUGGUAAAUUCAAUGUUUUUUAUAUUCAAUAAUAAUGGAAGUGGGAUGUGACGUUUUCCCUCGAGUUCUUUGAA